AUGGCUUCAAGAGAUAACCGUCUAUCCGUUUAUGUUGGUAAUCUUCCUCCGAAUACUAUACAAGGGCAUUUCGAUUACAUAUUUUCUGGUUGUGAUAUAGAGAGUGUUAGAUUAGUGAGAGACAAACAGACAGACGAAUUUAAAGGGUAUGCCUAUGUAGAUUUUAAAAAUGAACAAUCCCUCCAGAAAGCAUUAACUGUCGACGGUGCGAUUGUUGAUGGACGCUCUCUGCGAGUAAAUCUAGCAGGUGAAAGACCUGGACGUGGUGGUGGUCAUGGUCAAUGGGGUAUGAACAAUGGAUAUGGAAAUCAAGGACGUGGUGGUUUCGGAAAUCAAGGACGUGGUGGCUUUGGAAAUCAAGGACGUGGUAGACCUAGCAUGGGUGGUGGACGGAUGGAAAGUUAUGGGCGUCCAAAUAGAGGUGGAAUGGGUGGAUUCGGUGGACAACGACAAAGUUACCAUCCCCCAGGAUUGUCACGAGAGCAAUUAAAUGAACCUAUUUCCAAGAAUCCUCAGUCAAAUUCCACUGAUUCAACUAGUAGUGGUUCGGGUGGUGAUCGACCUAAACUAAACCUUAAAAUUAGAGAGGUCCCUGUAAAUACAAAUGAUGAUCGACAAUUGUCGGAGCGUGCCCGUGCGAUAUUCGGAGUUGGACGUCCUCGAGAAGCUAGUCCAAUUCGAGAAAAAAAGUUGAAUUCUGAAGAAAAUGCAAUCGGCUCUAGCCAAUGA